AUGAGAAGACCGGCGGUGCUGUACCACUAUCCAUGCCCGGACGGCGCGUUCGCCGCACUCGCGGCGCAUCUCUACUUCUCUUCCAAGUCAAUCCAACCCUUCUUCUUCCCUAACGCCGUCUACAGCCCCGUCACGGCGCAAAGCCUCCCGCUUUCCGACAUCGACGAGCUCUACCUCCUCGACUUCGUGGGCCCACCUGGGUUUGUCCAGGAGGUCUCUUUGAAGGUACCCAACGUCGUCGUUUUGGACCACCACAAGACGGCGGUGGGGAGAGUCGGCGGGGUGAAUGUGACGAGUGUUUUGGAUAUGAAGAGGAGCGGUGCUACAAUUGCUUUUGAUUAUUUCAGGGGGAAGGUUGACGUCGACGGCGGCGAGACGGCGAGGUUUGACGGCGUUAGGAGGGUGUUUGAGUAUAUUGAGGAUGGGGAUUUGUGGCGGUGGAGGCUUCCGGAUAGUAAGGCUUUUAGUAGCGGGUUUAAAGAUUUGAACUUGCAGUACGACGUCGGUUUGAACCCGGCUCUGUUUCAGCAGCUGCUUUCGUUGGACUUGGAGUGUUUGAUUAGUCAGGGAAUGGUGAGCUUGUCAGAGAAGCAGAAAUUGAUAGAGGAGGCUCUGAGUCAGUCUUAUGAGAUUAAGCUUGGAGGUGGAGCUUUUGGUCAUUGCCUGGCUGUGAAUGCAGAUUCUAUAUCAGAGUUGAGGAGUGAACUCGGACAUCAGUUGGCUACUAAAAGCCGCAGUCUCAACUUGAGGGGUAUUGGAGCUGUUGUAUACAAAGUCCCUGAACUUGAAAAUGACGAAUUGCUGAAGAUAAGCCUCAGGAGUGUGGACAGUGAAGACACAACUCGUAUCUCGCAGGAAUUUGGAGGCGGUGGACAUAGAAAUGCCAGUUCUUUCAUGUUAGGCUCCGCAGAAUUUGAGCAGUGGAAGGUUGGCCAAGCAAUCAUUGCUGGCUGAAAGUGUACAGGAUAACGUGUUUGUCGCAAACUCGAAUUGAUGGUCUCUCUCUGCCUUACUUAGUUGGGUUAAAAUUAAACAUUGAGAUUAGUGAUACGCAAUUAUGCAUAAAGAGUUCACCAUAAAUGCAAUUGCUGACUUAAAUUGUUGAGUAAUGAGCAUAGAUUGUUGAGUAAACGAUUACAUGCAAUGAUAUGUGCUUUUAUUCCACUAGUAACACCCAAAGCAAGCACCUCAGGAGAAAGAGGGAAGUGUUAUUUACCACCAAUCACCAGCAAUAUCUGUAAAUGCAGUCGUCUUUGAAUACUGAACGAUUAUGUUGUGAAGGCCACACCCACAUGAGACUGAGAGAGGUCGACUUCACCAGUAGUACCAUUAACUGGAGGAAUGUUAGAAGAAGACCAUGGAUCAUCUG